GUGCAGUUUGAUACGGCCUGCAAGAGGACUUUGCCCACUGACCACCGCGACAUACUAUUUCCUUGCUUUCACUAUCUAUCAGAAUGCCAGGAGACGAGACACACCACAAGACCCACGACGAGUCGGAAUCGGAGUCUGAAGAAGAGGAGGUCGCCGAGACGAUUGCGAAAGUGGAAAUCGAUCCGUCGAAACUCACACCUCUUUCUCCGGAGGUUAUAUCAAAACAAGCUACCAUCAAUCUAGGAACGAUUGGUCAUGUCGCUCACGGAAAGUCGACCGUAGUGAAAGCAAUAUCAGGUGUUAUGACUGUUCGAUUCAAAAACGAGUUGGUGCGAAAUAUCACCAUCAAGCUUGGGUACGCGAACGCAAAGAUCUAUAAAUGUGAAAAUGAAGCAUGCCCACGGCCGGGCUGCUACCGAUCAUAUCGUUCGGACAAAGAAGACAACCCUCCCUGUGAACGACCAGGAUGCGGUCACAGGAUGAAACUCGUUCGCCAUGUCUCCUUCGUGGACUGCCCGGGACAUGAUAUUCUGAUGGCUACAAUGUUGAACGGGGCCGCAGUCAUGGACGCUGCAUUGCUUCUUAUUGCCGGAAACGAGACAUGCCCGCAACCUCAAACUUCCGAACAUCUGGCCGCUGUCGAGAUCAUGAAGCUCGAGAACAUUAUCAUCCUUCAAAACAAGGUCGAUCUCAUCAAAGAAGCGCAGGCCCUUGAGCACCACAAAAGUAUCGUCGCUUUUGUGAAAGGCACUGUCGCUGAAUCAUCACCCAUCGUCCCUAUCUCCGCCCAGCUCAAAUACAACAUCGAUGCCGUCAACGAAUACAUCGUCAAACGCAUACCUAUCCCUGUGCGAGAUUUCACCACGGACCCGAAACUGAUCGUGAUUCGUUCAUUUGACGUCAACAAACCCGGUGCAGAGGUUGACGAGCUCAAGGGCGGUGUUGCCGGUGGUUCCAUCUUGACCGGUGUUCUCCGACUAGGUCAGGAGGUUGAGAUUCGACCGGGUAUCGUUACGAAGGAUGCUCAGGGUAGGAACCAGUGCAAGCCCAUCUUCAGCCGUAUUGUCUCGUUGCAUGCCGAGAGCAACCAACUUCAGUUCGCCGUUCCCGGUGGACUCAUCGGUGUCGGAACUAGGAUCGACCCUACGCUUUGCCGUGCUGAUCGUCUCGUCGGUCAGGUACUCGGUGCGGUUGGUAAAUUGCCUAAGAUUUACACAGAACUCGAAAUCAGUCUGUUCUUGCUCCGACGACUUCUUGGCGUCAAAACGGAGGACAAGAAACAGACAAAGGUGUCUAAGCUGGUCAAGAACGAACUGUUGCUGAUUAACAUCGGCUCGACAUCUACUGGUGGACGUGUUCUCAGCGUCAAGGCAGAUCUUGCCAAGAUUCAGCUCACCUCUCCUGCUUGCACAGAGAUCGGAGAGAAGGUCGCACUUUCGCGUCGUAUUGAAAAGCAUUGGCGUCUUGUUGGGGUAGUGUGCAACGCGGGACAGUUCUCGAAGUUGAUUGAACAUAUAAUUCAGCAUAUAUGGCAUUUGUGUAGCAUUAGAAGCAUGUAUCUCUGCGUUAGUUGUAUACAGUAGUCUUCAGGACAGCGUCAUUGCAGUAAGGGACAGGACCGACAUACAGUCACACAAAAACAGCUGCCGAGGC